AUGUCGCGACAACACUCUCCCGAGGAGGGCGCGGCGUCGGCAGACGAGAAGCGAGCCGCCAACAUCGAUGAGGGCCGCGAGCGACAUGAAGAGCAGCUCCAAAAAGAGCGGCAGGCCUCCGUGGCCGGCAGCGCCGUGCCGUCGCCGACGGGCUGGUCGUCGUGGUUUGGCGGCCGUAAUGUUGUCAUUGGGCCGCGCAUUGGGCCCGUCCUAGACAGCAUCUCGGGGGGAGAUUCGGAAACCGACCUGAGCGGCUCAGCGAUCUUGGACAAGCAGCUUGCUGCAGAAGAUGGGGCCGCCAUUCAGUAUCGAACGUGUAGCUGGCAAAAGACUGCCGCGCUACUCUUUUCCGAGUACAUUUGCUUGGCGAUCAUGAGUUUCCCGUGGUCUUAUAGCGUGCUUGGCUUGGUCCCUGACCUUAUUUUGACCGUGGUCGUCUCUGGCAUUGUCCUCUAUACGUCCUUGGUACUGUGGGAGUUUUGCCUUCGCCACCCUGAAGUCCGAGAUGUUUGCGACAUCGGCCAGAUGCUAUUUUGGAACAAGAAAUGGGCGUGGUGGGCCACCGCGGUGAUGUUCCUCUUGAACAACACUUUCAUCCAGGGCCUCCACGUGCUUGUAGGCGCCAAGUACCUGAACACCAUGGCCGAGGCUGACUACGUCGGCUGCCGCACCGUCAGCUUCGGCAUCGUGGUGACUGUCGUCUGCUGGCUCUGCUCGCUGCCCCGCACAUUCGACGCCUUGUCUAAGCUCGGCACCGGUUCGGCCUUCUUCACGUUUAUUUCCGUCCUGCUCGCCACCAUCUUCGCCGCGAUCCAGAGCCAGCCCGCCGGGUUCGACGGCACUAAGCCCAUCGUGACGGCCAUCCCGCUGCCCAGCACCACCUUUGUCAACGGCCUGGGUGCCUUCCUCAACAUCAGCUACACUUUCAUCGGGCAGAUCACGCUGCCGUCGUUCAUCGCCGAGAUGCGCGACCCACGCGACUUCCCCAAGGCGUUGUGGGCGUGCACGAUCGCCGAGAUUAUCUUGUUCAGCAUUGUCGGCGCGGUGGUGUAUGCGUAUGUGGGCAACCAGUACAUGACGGCCCCGGCGUUCGGAUCGUUGGAGCCGCUGUUCAAGAAGGUGGCAUUCUCGUUCAUGAUCCCGACCAUCAUCUUCCUCGGGGUCUUGUACGCGUCCGUGUCUGCGCGGUUCGUGUUCUUCCGCAUCUUCCAGAACUCGCGCCACAAGAGCGAGCACACCCUGGUCGGCUGGGCGACCUGGACUUCCAUUCUGCUGGCUACCUGGAUUUUGGCCUUCAUUAUCGCACAGGUCAUCCCCUUCUUCUCCGACCUCCUCUCCCUUAUGAGCUCCCUUUUCGACAGCUUCUUCGGCUUCAUCUUCUGGGGCGUGGCCUACUUCCGCAUGCGUCGCGCAGACGGGUCGGUCUCGCUGCUCCCAGAAAAACAGCACACCAUCGCCAGCUACCUUCUCGGCGCGCUCAACGUGCUGAUCAUCUUGAUCGGCGUGUUUUUCCUGACGGUCGGGACGUAUGCCACGGUGGAGAGUAUCAUUCUGCAGUUUGAGGCUGGAACGGUGGGCGGGGUUUUUACGUGCGCGAGUAAUGGGCUGUAG